AUUCAAUUACUUACACAAAUCAAAAUAAUGGCUGCCGUUACCUCUUCCGCCGCCGUCGUCAUUCCCUCUUUCACCGGCCUAAAGGCAUCUAAAGUAACCGCAACCACCACCACCGUUAAAGUUUCCACCCCAUUCAGGAAAUUCAGCGUCAAGGCCUCAAUGAAGGACGUGGGCGCAGCCGUGUUCGCGACUGCGGCCAGCGCGAUUCUGGCGGCGAACGCUAUGGCUUUGGAUGUAAACCUAGGAGGCGACGACGGAAGUCUGGUGUUCGAGCCGAGCACAUUCUCGGUAUCAUCGGGAGACACAAUCGUUUUCAAGAACAACAAGGGGUUCCCGCACAACAUAGUUUUCGACGAAGACGAGGUUCCGGGCGGUGUGGACGUGGCGAAGAUAUCGAUGAGCGAGGAAGACCUUUUGAACGCUCCGGGAGAGACCUACAGCGUUACCCUUACCGCCAAGGGAACCUAUGGCUUCUACUGUUCUCCUCACCAGGGCGCAGGGAUGGUUGGUAAAGUCACCGUUAACUGAUAAUUCAUUAUUCCCCCCUAUUAUUAUUAAUAAUGUCUUAAUUAUUAUUGUCUCCUCUUGUAAUUUAUGAGUAAUAUUAAUUAAUACUUGCACCCUUUACAAAAUACCAUUUUAUUAUGUUA